AUGGAUGAUUGCCAGGAAAAUGUCCGCCUUGCUCAAACAGCCCUCGACGCUACCGCAAAACACCACCCCGACCUGGCGUUACGGUUAAACGGCCUAGCGAAUACCCUCGCCGCUCGAUAUGAUCGAACUGGAAACUUGAGCGAUUUGCAUGAAGCAGUCCGGCUCGCACGAACAGCCGUCGAGGCUACCCUAGCUGACGACCCCGAUCUGCCACACUGGAUGAAUGAACUCGGGGUGUACCUGUUAACUCGAAAUCUGCGUACCGGCGACUUGGGUGAUUUACAGGACGCGGUGAACCUUAUCCGAAGAUCUGUGGAUGCUACCCCGAAAGACGACGUCUAUUUAGCAUUACGGUCAAAUAAUCUAGCAAACGCCCUCUCAACCCAAUAUGACCGAACUGGAAACUUGGAGGAUUUGCAAGAAGCAAUUCGGCUAGCACAAACGGCUAUCGAUAUUACCCCAGAAGAUGAUCCUGAUCUAGCACACUGGUUGAAUGAACUAGGGAUGUACUUAAGAGCCCGAUAUGAUCGAACUACAAACUUGGAUGAUUUGCAGGAGGCUAUCCGUCUUGUCCGCAAGUCGGUCGACUCUACCCAAAACGACGACCCUAGUCUGCCAAAUCGACUACGUAAUCUGGCGAGCAACCUCUCAGCCCGAUACGGUCGAACCGGAGAUAUAAAGGAUUUAAACAAGGCAAUCCGGCUGACCGAAAUAGCCGUCGACGCUACUCCAGAAGAUCACACCGAUCUGCCGUCCCUGUUGAACAAUCUCGCGAACAAUAUCUCAAGCCGAUACGAUCGCACUGGAAACUUGGAGGAUUUACAUGAGGCAAUCCGGCUAGCCAAGACAGCCGUCGACGCUACCCCAAACGAUCACCCCGAUCUAGCCACCUGGUUGAGUACUCUAGCGAUUCAUCUCUCAACCCGAUACGAAGGAUUAGGAGAUUCAGACGAUUUGCAGCAGGCAAUCCUGGUGGCCCAAAGAGCUAUUGAUACGACCCAGGAAGACCACCCCGAUCUGGCUUUCCGGAUGAGCAAUCUCGCGAACAUCCUCUCAAUCGGUUACGAGCAAACUGGGAACAUGGAUGAUUUGCAAGAAGCAAUCCGCCUUGUCCAAAAAUCCAUCGACAUUACCCCAAAAGACCACCCUAAUUUAGCAAGCCGAGUUAAUAAUCUGGGCAUCUAUCUAUCAACCCGAUAUGAUCGAACAGGAGACUUGGAGGAUUUACAGCAGGCAAUUCGCUUAGCUAAAAGUGCCACCUCUGCUACUCCAUACGACUACGAGCACCCUGAUGUGGCACUUUUCUCAAUCAAUCUGGCUAGCAACCUCUCAACCCGGUAUGACCGAACUGGAAAUUUGGAGGAUUUGCAAGAAGCAAUUCGGCUAGCAAAAAUAGCCAUCGACGCUAUCCCAGAUAACCAUCCUGACCUGGGACACUGGCUAAAUAGUCUAUCUGUCUUUCUCUCAAGCCGGUAUCAUCGAACUGGAGACUUCGAAGAUUUACAGGAGGCAGUCCGGCUGGCUGAAACAGCCGUCACCGCUACCCCAGAAAACCACCCUGAUCUACCCAAUCGGUUACUGAACCUGGCUAGCAACCUCUCGACCCGAUUUGAUCGAUCUGGAACCUCGGACUUGGAUGAUAUACAGCAGGCGAUCCGCCUUACCCGAAGAGCCAUCGACAGUACACCAGAAGACCACACCGAUUUACCACAUUGGUUGAACAAUCUUGCUAUUUACAUCUCAAAACGAUAUAAUCGGACUGGAAAUUUGGCCGAUUUACAGGAGGCAAUCUCAGUUGCUCAAAAGGCCGUCGACAACACCCCAGAAGAACAUCCCGAUCUCGCACCCUGGUUGAAUAAUCUAGCGAUCUACCUUUCAAUCCGAUAUGAACAUACACAUCAGCAGAAUGAUAAGGCCGCGGCUUUGAAGCACUUCUCACAAGCCCUCGAUAACUUCCAUGCGGCUCCACGCCACCGCAUCGAAGCUGCCCGUCGAGCGAUCGACCUUCUUGUUCCGGAUGGCGAUUUUGAUAGAGCUCAAUUGCUGGCCGGAAGAGCAUUAGAUCUCCUGCCUCUCGUAUGCAGCCGCUACCUCGCCCGAGAGGACCAGCAGUAUGCCAUUCAGCAAACGUCGGGCCUAGCUGCCGAAGCAUCCUCUCUACUCCUUCGGACAAACAAUGAUCCAGCUCGAGCUCUAGAGUAUCUGGAGCACGGCCGGGGACUCAUUAUUGGAUACCUCAUUGACAGUAGAGGUGAUAUCUCAGAUCUGUCCACUAAGCAUCCCAAAGAAGCGGAUGAAUUUGAUCGGCUUCGUCAAAAGGCUUUUAUGCCUAUUCGCCAAGAAGACCCCCUUGAGACUCGCCGACAUUUGUUAGAUGACCGUGAAGAAGUCGUAGCACGCUUAGAAGACUGCCUAGCGGAUAUCCGGAGACUAGAGGGAUUUGAUCGAUUCCUUCUUCCCCCUUCUUCUAAAGCCUUACAAGCAAACACCACCGACGGGCCGAUUGUGGUUGUGAACGUCACAUCUAUCAGCAGCGAUGCCUUGAUUGUUCGUCCUUCUGGAAUCACGCACAUUCCAUUACCUGACUUUGGGGUAUCGAAGGCUAACCAAUAUCGAUCCUGGGGACUGACCCGCAGCCCAUCGAGAUUGAUUGAGCUGAAAGAGACAGGAGGGCGGGAUACCUUCCAACAGCUUCUACGUGAUUUGUGGUCUGACUGUGUUCGUUUGGUGCUAGAGGAGCUAGGGUUUCUCUAUCCGGAAAGCGACAGUGCACUUCCUCGCAUUUGGUGGAUUGGCACAGGCCUUGCUGCCUCCCUUCCCUUCCAUGCGGCGGGCGAUCAUUCGCCAGGCUCACUUGAGAAUUCUCUAAGUUGCGUCCUUUCCUCAUAUACACCAUCAAUCAAAAUGUUACAGUUUGCAAGGGAAAAGACACGCGUGACACUCGGCGCACAGUCGGUGUUGCUGGUUACAAUGCCGAAUACCCCUGGUGAAGAUGAUCUCCCUGGCGUAAUGGCAGAGAGUCAAGCAAUCCAAGAAGCAGUCACUAUACCUCAUACGGUGAAAGCAUUGAUUCAGCCUAGCGCGGAGACCGUUCUCCAGGGACUCCAAGAUUGCAGUAUUGCGCAUUUUGCGUGUCACGGAUCGUCAGAUAUGCGUGAUCCGUCGAACAGUUUUCUGGCUCUUCAAGGGCAGUCCGAUUUGGUUGCCGACCCUCUUACAGUCAAGAGAAUCUCCGAGUCCCAUAUGAAGCAAGCCUGGCUUGCAUACCUUUCUGCCUGCUCCACAGCGGAGAACCAAAUAUCUGAAUUGGCAGAUGAAGCCCUCCAUCUUGCGAGCGGUUUUCAGGUCGCUGGCUUUGCACACACAGUUGGCUCAAUGUGGUCAUCGAAUGACGAAAUUUGUGCGCAAGUAGCCGCCAUUUUCUAUCGUGAGCUCAUCACCGAGAGUGGGUUGGCAGAAGGUAACCUUGCUGUCGCGACGGCGUUGCAUACGGCUGUGAUGACCGUCCGCGAACAAAAUUUGGGAAGGCCAUACCUGUGGGCCCAAUACGUUCACUUUGGUGCCUAA